UUGACAGUGACACUAAGCUAACCUUACAUUAUAGUCAAUGUAGUGUUAUUACUUUAAAAUUUUAAUAACAAUGAAGAAACCAAAAAGCGGACCUCGUCCUAAAUUAGUUAAUACACGUAAAGCUGUACGUAAGGAAAAAAGGCAGCAAAAAAAGAUACACAGGCAAGAGCACUAUAACAAAAAGAAAUUGGUCGUGGACGUGAAGAAGUUUGAACCAGGAAAGUUUGUGAAACUUACUACAGUUCAGCAUGAAAGUUCAAAGAAAGAUAAGAAAAAGAACAAAAAGCAGCCAUUAUUCUUGGACAUUCUUAACAAGGAAAGACAAAAAGACAUGAAUGUAACAGAGAAACUGAAAUCAGAAAUGGAAGAACAAAGAAAACAAAUGUUACUGAAAGCUAAUGAAGAUGAGGACAAAGUUAUUAAAAAAUUAGAGAAACAACUUGGUUUGAAUAAAUCUAAAAAUAAAAACAAUUAUUUUGCUGAUGAUGGACUUGACUAUUUGUUAGAAAUUUGCGAUAGAACCACAUCUGAACAGAUUGUGGCAGCGGAGAAGCAUUUAGCUGAUGUGGGAGAUUCUGAUUUUGAGGAAGAUUUGGCUAUGGUUACUGGGAAAGAAUUACCCAAGGAAAAGGUUAAAAGCAAGGAGAAAUCAACAAAAAUAAAAGACUUAACGGAAUACUCUAAAGAUGAUAGUAUGGGGAGUGAUGAAAAUUCACUAGAUUGUGAUGAUGAUGAUGAUGAUGGAAGUAAUAAAGAUGAAGAUUUCAGUGAUAUGGAAAAUGUAGAAAGUGAUUACGAAUCGGAAAUGAGUGAAGAUGAAGGUAAAAAUCAAAUAAAACCAGACAAAAAAGAAAAAAUAGUAUCAGAAAAUGAUUUAAAUAAAGUGUUCAGUGAUGACGAAGUUUCGCAUAUAUCUGGUGAUAGUGAAGAUGGAUUUGACUUCGAAAGCGGUAAAGAAACACCAGAAGAUUGUAAAACUAAAGAAAAGCCUGAUGUUUGGGAGGAUAUUUAUGGCAGGAAGAGAGACAAGGAUGGCAAUAUUAUAAAAGAAGAGAAAGGAGUUUAUAUUCCUCCACAUUUAAGAAACAAAGAUUCUACCUCUGAGAAAGAUUUAGAGCAAUUAAAAAGGCAAAUUAAGAGUAUUCUAAAUAAGGUAUCAGGUUCGAAUUUGCACUGGGCGUGUGCGUCGUUGGAGAGUUUGUAUAGUAGUCACAGUCGGCGUGCGGUGAGCGGCGCGCUGUGUGCGCAGUGGGUGUGCGCCGCUGUACCGCACGCCGCUGCGCCUGACAGACUGCUGGCUGAACACGCUGCCUUGAUGGCUUUGCUGCAUGCCAACGUCGCCACAGAAGUCGGUGCAUAUUUCCUGGAGGAGCUGUGUCUGAUGUUUGACAAGAUGGUGGACAGCGAGUUGCCUGUGGAGGACAAACGACUCGACAACUUGACCGCAUGUCUCGCUUAUUUAUAUAGUUUUAAGAUAUUCCACAGCGGUCUAAUGUACGAUAUACUAUAUCGUCUGCUGCACGAGAUAUCGGAGAAGCGGUGCGGGUGCGCGGUGCGCGCGCUGCGCUGCGCCGGCCCCGCGCUGCGCCGGGAGGACCCCGCGGCGCUCAAGGCCUUCAUACACGACACGCACGCCAAAGUCGCCAACUUCAACGAUAAAGCUGCGGCCGGAUCCCGUAUAAAGUUCCUGCUAGAAGUACUGCUGGCGGUGAAGAACAACAACUUGAGUAAAAUCCCGCAGUACGAGCCUACGUACGCGGAGACACUUAGAAAGACUUGCCGCAGCAUCCUGCGCCCGGGACAUACUGUCACCACACUCAACAUCCGCCUGGAAGACCUGCUUAGGGCUGAGGAGAGAGGUAAGUGGUGGAUAGUGGGGUCGGCGUGGGCGGGCAGCCGGCCGCCGCCCGCAGCCGCGCCCUCAGCCGCGCCCGCAGCCGACCACAAGCUGCUGGAGCUGGCGAGGAAGCAGCGAAUGAACACUGAUGUCAGAAGAAACAUAUUCUGCGUCAUCAUGUCUGCUCAGGUAAUGUUUACCAAUGUAAUUAAGAGGAAUGAUUUGUAUUUUUGUAUGGAGGCCUAAUUUUAGUCCCUU